AUGGGGCUCUGUCACGCAGGACUCAGACGUCACCUUGUCAGCGGGGUCGAACACAAUCCAGAUCACGGCCAUUGGCUCCAGCGGCGGGAACAUCGACAAGCUGACUGUUGCGCUCGCAGGGGCCAGCCCGACGCCAGGCACGACGCCAAGCCCCACGCCAGGUCCCACGCCGAGCCCCACGCCGAGUCCCACGCCGACCCCUCACCGAGCCCCACGCCGAGCCCCACAACGAGCCCCACGCCGAGCCCCACAGCGAGCCCGACACCGAGCCCCACGCUGAGUCCCACAUCGAGCUCCAUUCCGGGCCCCACGCCGAGUCCAACGGAGAGUUCGACGCCACACCCGACAUUGGUACCAACGGCGGGCCCACCGCCGAACCCGACGGCCAACCCGACGGCCAGCCCGACGGCAGCACCAACGGCAAAUGUGGAUUGCGUUUACAAGUUCACACCAACGAAGUUACGAGCUGAUCAGAUGGUCCAGCUGGCGGAGAUCGAAUUUAUGAGCAACGGGGCCGAUGUUACGAUCAGUUCCGCAACGAACCCUGGAGGUGACUACAAUGGUGGACAAAGCCCCGAAAAGGCCAUAGAUGGCGACGUCGCUACCAAAUGGCUCGACAAAAAUGUGUUACCUCUCGAGCUUACGAUCGUGGAUUGCAGCCCGGAACCAGAUAGCUUCAGGUUCAUAACCGCCAACGAUGGCCGAAACAGGGACCCUGUGCAAUGGACAAUGCAGAAGUAUGUUGGCAGUUCGUGGGUGGAUGUACACGUGCAAGAUGUGGAUUACCCAACGCCCAUGGAUCGUUACACGGCGACCGAGUGGUUUCCACUCCAGGCUAGUCCAACACCUGGCCUUACUCCGAGCCCUACACCCAGCCCGACGCCCAGCCCGACAGCAGCACCAGUGGCGAGCCCAACACCGAGCCCGGCGCCCAGCCCGACGCCCAGCCCGACAGCAGCACCAGUGGCGAGCCCGACGCCCAGCCCGACGCCAAGCCCGACAGCAGCACCAGUGGCGAGCCCAACACCGAGUCUGGCGCCUAGCCCGACGCCUAGCCCGACGUACAUCAAGCUCCGGGUCCGGGUGAAAGGCCGCUAUCGCUCGUUCGAGCUCAUCCCCAGAACGGUUACUGCCGACGACCUCUUCAACUGCGUCCCGUACCGACGGGCCAAGCGGUGGGGUCUAGCCAGAGCUCUGCGCAGGGCCGUCGGACGCGUUCACAUCACCAAAUUCUACAUCCGCCACACUUCCCGGCUCAACCGCACAGACUCGAAUGCAGAGGUGGAGACCGAUUUCGAGGUGGAUGAGGAAGAAGUCGACGAUGCCAAUGAACUCGUCAAUUUGAUUACGAAUUCUUCUGACGACAUUCAGAAUGAGACCGAUAGCGCCAUGUUGGAGCAGGAUUGGACGAACGAGACGUCGUCUGUAAUCGAGGCGCCUGUCACGAUGGAUCUUACCGCUGUGGAAUCUGCAGAAGUGGUCACCGAAGCGCCCACCGCAGCGCCCACCGCAGCACCCACUCCGGCGCCCACCCCGAGCCCCACGCCGAGCCUCUCGCCAGCUCCCACGCCGAGCCCCAGCCCCGUCGCAGGCCCUGUGAGCGCCGUGGGCGAUCCCCACCUGCAGAACGUGCAUGGCGAGAAGUUUGAUCUGAUGGUGGAGGGCAACCACGUGCUGGUGCACAUCCCGCUCGGGGCGCCCGCCAGGGACGCCCUGCUCCGGGUGCGGGCCGAGGCGCGCAGGCUCGGCUCGGGGUGCGCCGACAUGUACUUCACGGCGCUGAACAUCACGGGGGCAUGGGCCACGGCGAAGCGCAAGGGCGGAUACCGCUACCGAGCGGACCACGCCAGCAACUUGUCGGAAGGGUGGAUACCAUUCCACGGGGUCAAGUUGAAGGUUGCUCAUGGACGUACGCUUCGUGGCACCAGCUACCUGAACUUCUACGUCAGGCAUCUCAGCACAGCGGCACUCCCUGUUGGGGGCCUGCUCGGCGAGGAUGACCACCGAGCGGUAGCUACGCCCACGGAGUCGUGCACGAAGCGCCUAUCUCUGCACUCGCACCGCUGGGGGGCGCGCGGCGCCGAGAGGCCCGAGGGCUCCACGGCGUCGGCGGAGCUGAUGUGA